AUGGAGUCAUCUACACCAACCACGCAUACAGCUGAGCCCGCAGACGACUCUGGCGAAACAGCUUUUUACGUCAACGUAGCCAUUGGCACAAUCGGGUUGAUGGGCAAUGCAUUUGUCUGUCUGGUCAUGUUGAGAUAUCAUAAUGUUUUCAACUCCUCGACCAAUAAGCUCAUCAUUCACCAGUCCCUCGUGGAUUGCCUGUCGUCAGUUAUGUUCCUCAUGCGGCGAUUUCUCGCGGUAUCACCACCAGCGGUUGUACCCGGAAACCUCAUCGGCUCACUCUACUGCAAUCUCUGGUGGUCGGAGUGGGUCCAGUACGGCAUGCUCGUCACGUCCACGUACAACUUGGUCGCCAUCUCGACAGAGCGGUACUUCGCAACGUGCCAGUCGGUCAAACACCGGAAUGUGUUCUCCACACGGCGUCUGAAGCUGAUCAUGGCAUCUGCUUGGAUAUGCGGCUGGGUGUCCGAGUUUCAUAACCUCGUCCUGGCGUACCAAGUCGACGGGGCGUGUGAUGUCUCCUGGCCCAAUGCGACGGUCCAGGCCAUCUGGGGUGUCUUCAUCUUCGUCAAGGAUCUUGUCAUUCCGAUCGGGAUCAUCAUCUUCGCGUACAGCAAGAUCAUCUCGGAGCUUCACCACCGAUCUAAAGCCAGGGUCGGGGAUAACAACCAAGACGCUCGGAACAUGCUCUCCAAAGCCAACAAGAACGUCACCAAGACGCUGUUUCUGGUGGCUGUCUGCUUCGUCAUCUGUUGGACGCCGGCCGAGAUCAACUACAUCCUCUACAAUCUUGGCCUGAACAACAACUUCGUCAACAGCACCAUGUACCAAGCACUCAACGCUUUCGUUGUUGUGAACGUCUGUGUCAACCCUUUUAUCUACUGCUUUACUUAUGAACGUUUCCAGAAGCAGGUUAAGAAGAUGAUCUGCGGCGGGGCAAGAGGGAACCAAGUGGGCACCACUGAUGACGGGUCGACGAUGAGAAACAAUACUGUUCAAAGCACUGUUUCUGGGCCUGCUCUUUCUGGUACCGGUAACAUUAACGCAUGA